GGUUAUUUCCCCUUCCUCGCACCCGCUCAUGCCACCGUACGCUCUCAUUAUGGCUCCGCUUGACCAGCUUCUUCGCCGUGACUUCAACCCCGGUAUUUCCUCGGGCGAGUUCUCCGAUCAGUGGAAACGUCCAAGCGACAUCUUUUCAACACUACUCAUUCUUGGUGGAGAUGUUAUCGGGCGUGCUCUCGCGCAGCUCACCGGCUCUCGAGUGACGCCGGUGGCAUUUUCAUUUGGAUGGGUCGCCUAUGCCGUUGCAGCCGUUGUAUCUGCUGUUGGCGAGAACAAGCUGAUGCCUGCUCCCGAUUGCGGAUGCAAAGUCAUCAAUGGCAGCUCAGGCUACGUUCGCGACAACACGAGCUGGAUCAUAGGUCGUAUUGUGCGCGACUUUGAAUACUGGAUGGACGGCGGCAUCUCCGAGGGCCCUAUUCAUAAGAAGAUGGAAGACAUGUUGUUAAAGAGAUGGAGAGAAGACAAAAGCAAGAAGGAAAAGAAGAAGGCCGGAUCAGGUAAGGACGUGCCGAGGCCAUCAAGGGCAGGCCUCUGCGUAUCCAUAUACAAGGCAGAACCAGCAACACCGGGAUGCCCAGGCUAUGACCUGAUAUACUUCGCCGGCUUCGCAACUUGUGUAGUCCAGCUAGGCAUCGCGGCUAUACCGUGCGCCGUAUAUGGAGACUGGGGUAUUUUGUUGAUCACCACGUCUGGGAUUAUUCUUUCAUUUAUCACUGGCAGCCUUAGCCAAUGGUCUAAAGAGAAAUGGGCGUGCCGACAGAACUCUGGAAAAAAGACCAUUCUUACCAGGGGAAAUGGCAGCCAGCAUGCUAUCGUGGUAUUAGGCAAUGGCAAAGGGCUCGAUCUCGAGGAUUUAGCUGCAGGACCCGCCAACGCUGACGCAGUUGCCUCAUAUACCACCAGAAACACUAUGGUUGUUCUUGCCGCGCUCUGGAUCCUCUUACUUAUCACUGCCUCUGGGAUUCAACAGAAUACAUGGUUUCUCCUCGCAGUAGGUGGCAUCGGAAUGUUACAGAACAUUUUUGCCGCAGGGUGGAAGCGAUCUCCUAAGGAAUUUGGAAUACCGUUCACUUUUGAGAAGGUAAUCGGAGAGCCCAAGGUCAUGGAAACGCUUUUCGCAGUCGAGAAAGACUAUCCGGGGGUUGGUCGCAGUAUGCUCGAUACAUUCUUUCCUGGUAAAUUGCGCCCUGACGAGGAGCAAAGGUGGGCGGAAUUUAAAAAUGUCGAGAAAGGCCCGAUAUCUCCAAAAACUAUUUAAUGCGUUCAAUCCGCGCGUUCGCUUACAGAUCCAACAAUCUUCGCUUUCGAGUGUUACAAUGAGAAUGUUUAGAUACUACCUCUCUGCUGGGAAUCAAGGUCACCUCUGCC